AUGGAAGAGAAUAAGAUCUUGAAAAUGUCUAUUCAACAACUUGAGCGUUCAGUUACCACCCUUGAUCAAGCUCAUAAUGACCUUGAACAAUAUGGACAAGGGAGUGUAUUGAGAUUUGCGGAAUCCCUGCUCCCUGGACCAGGUCAAAGUGAAAAUGUAAAUGCUGUUGUUAGUAAUGUUGGUAAGCUGAUUGGUGUUGAUGUUAAGCGAGAAGACAUAUCAUUAUGCCACCGAUUACCUUAG